AUGGAGAACCAUAACAUUACUAUGUUCAGAGCUGUUGAUGCCUUUCAAGAGCGGUUUUCUGUCAAGGGGACAAAGAUGGAGGCAACAUGCUUGAAUAGAGUUUUACCACAAUUUCGCCCGUCAUUAGUUGAAAAGAAAUGUUUGAUUAUCAGGAAUCCAACUAUAGGUUUUAAUAACUCUACGUACAGGUAUGUUGACAAUCAAAAUAGGCUAUGUUUCCAGGGGACAACCGAAGUUAUUCCAUGUGAGGAUAUUGGUGGAUCACCGUAUGGUUUUGAUUUCUUGAGUUUUGCGGACCUCUUGAACAGUAAUGGUAUUUCAAACUCUACAGUAGAUGUUAUUGGUUAUUUGGUUCGAUCAUUUCCUAAAAAGACUGUAACUAACAAAUUAACUGGAAAGCAGGCUGUUAAGGUUACUAUAGAGAUAUCUGAUCUGGAGGGUCGGACGGUAUUUCUUACUCUGUGGGAUCAAUACUGUGAUAAAGUUUUGUCAUUUUUUGAGAGUAUCAAGGGAAAAAAUAUUCAUGCAAUCAUUAUAUUGCAGUUUGGCAAGGUCAAGUGGUGGAAUGGGGUUGCGUAUGUUAACAAUUCAUACACCGUUAGUCGUCUUUUUUGCAAUCAUGAUUGUCCUGAAGUCGAUGAGUUCAGAAACCGUUUGUUUGAAAAUUCUAUUGAAGUCAGUGAAUCCACGAGCCUUGGUUCCAUGGCAAAAUCUGUUGAAGAGGAAAUCUUGCAAAGCAAAGACUUUAUGAAUAUUUGUUUGCAAGGUCAUUAUUCUGGGUAA